AUGACCAAACUGCUAACUGUACAAACAGCCCUUGUGGGCUUCGAUCAUACCAUCCACGAACAGCCAAGCUGGUUGUGUGAUUCUGGCAUGUUCUCAUGUUUACAUGUGCAUAAUGCUUACAUUUUGGGUGACCAAACUGAUAAAUGUGCAAACAGCCAUUUUGGGCUAUGCAAGAGCCAACCACUACAUGACCCUAAGCUGUUUGGCAUGGAUGACAGGAUACCACCUGGGUUCCCUCACCCUUCCCGACCUUCCCCUCCUCCCAUACCACAAACCACAUUCCCUCUACCAACCAACUUAGCCAACCUACCACUGUGGUUGCUAAGAUCCAUCAUCCCAUGUCCUACCCCUCUUAGAGCCAUUCCAUUUGGCCAAACAAUCCUUUUACAUGCUGUCCUAAUCCCAACAUUUAUCCAACCUACCAUUUCCUUAGCCCAACCAACCCCUACACCUGCUGUCCAAACCCAAACAGCCCCUAACCCUACUGUUUGGACACCUCAAAUUCCAUUAUCCACUGUUUCCCAAACCCAAACAGCCCCUAACCCUACUGUUUGGACACCUCAAAUUCCAUUAUCCACUGUUUCCCAAACCCAAACAGCCCCACCCCCUUCCCCUCCACCUAGACCUAAACCCAAACCCCGUAGACCAGCCACUAGGUCCACAGAAAGACAUGUCACCAAACCAAUGACCAAAGAGGAAGGUAAGGCCAUCGAUAUGGAAACUUAUGUUCCCAAAGGUUUGCCGAAACCCAAGCAAAGAAAACCACGAGCCAAACGCAUGAAGAUAAAGGAUGAGAGUCAAGAUAAUACACAACCCUCGGGAGUCCCACCUCCAGAUCAGCCACUCUCCCAAGGGGUUACCAAGACAGAGAGCACAGACUUUGACAUAUGCCACCUCAACCCUAUUGUGAGUCUCCCURAUACUUCAAUACCUGUGCACACUCCCACACAUGAUGCUCAAAAUGAGCACCCAAUCAAAAGUGAUCCUAUGGAGCAUAUUGAGAGUUAG